AUGUCGGGCGGCUUCAAUAGAGAAGGCGUGCACCCUGGCCUGUUUCGCCCACCCAUCUCACCAAGCUCUAGCACCAGUUACGGAUAUGCUUCGCCCUAUAGCACAGCAACCCCCGACGGACAAGCUACGAAACGAAAGAGACCUUGCCAUGAUAUAUCGCGAUCUCAGGAGUUCCGCUUCCAGGAUGAUUCUGAUAGAAAUGGUUAUUUUGGAACGCCAGUGGCUCAGAUGAGGAAUGAGGAGAUGCGGUACCAACUUGCUGGACAGCUUGAUACACCGAGUUCUGGUCCUUUUCAUAGCGGCAUUCUCGACGAGAGCAUGUAUUCGGACACAGAUUAUCGCAAGGCGCUUGGCUCAAAACGAACCCACGACGAUAUCGAUCAUGGGGCUGGACCGACACAGCUGUUCAAUCUGCCUCCUCAGCCGAUACAGUCCCAAGGCUGGGGAAGCUUCGCAUUCUCGACUAUAGGAGGUGUUGUUGGACGUGUAUGGGAGUUUUGCAAGACAGGCUCAUUUCGAGGUUUCCAGGCUGGCGGUGGUAAGGCCUUUACGAUGAAUUCCGGCAGGGUCAAGGAGUUGGACCAGACACUAUUCGAGAGGCAGCAUCUUCCCGGUCGAUUCCCGCCAUCGCAAGAGGAUUACUUCAACCAACGUCAGUCUGAUAACGCAGAACAAGGUGGCAACAGCGGCGCAUCUACGCCUACAGCACCCCAUCCGAAACGAAGACAUACAGACACGAAAGAUGAACUUGGCAGGAAUUGGGUCAUGGUGAGUGAUGAGAAACCAGCUGAGCCUGAACCCAAGCCUGAGCCUCCGCUGCGACGUCCAUCUUAUCGACCGUCCCCUCGAUCACGAAACUCGGGCCCCUCCAUGACUACAGGUCGACGCAUCAGUGCCGCUCCAUCAGCCCGAUUCUCUACUGCCUCUACGCCCGGUCAGCGACGAUCCACUACCAAUCGCCCGACUAGUCGUCUAUCACACGCAGCAGCAUCACCUUCUCCACGGCCUGCAUCAACCGCGUCAUUCGCGUCACUUGCUCCCCUCGCUUCUCCUCGGAUAGAAUCGCCCAGCAGGAUACCUCAACCCACUCGCUCCACUCGCCGAAGUACCACCAUCUCAUCGCCGAUAACAAAGCCGUCGUCGCACCGCCGGUCUCACUCUAAUGCCUCAGUAGCAUCAGGACGUACAUCAGCAGAAGCAAGUCCCCGUCUGACCGCAGAAGCCAAGCAUCUCGCAGCACGCCGUAAGAUGGAAGAACGAGAUGCAGAUGUGCGGAUCAACGCUUUCAACAAACAACUACAGGACAUGAUUCGCCAGGGUAGAGAAGCCUUGGGCACGACGAUUGAAGUGGAGGGUAACUGGGAGGAUGACCUGUGA